AUGUCGGCGUUCAGAUUACUUUCAAUUUCGCACAAGAGGAGGGUAUGCCUUGAAGCUGAAGCUACUCAUGCAGCUGUACUGGCGAUGACACGACGUGUGGUUGCUCCUAGAUGGGGUGGUUCUGUCCCCAUGCACCGUGUAAUUCGGAGAGACAGGGAUGGUGCCUGGGCGGAGCUUGUGAGGCGUUACUUCGCGCCGGAGCCUUUGUUCGAUGACGCCACAUUCCGCCGCCGUUUUAGGAUGAAAAUAAGCUUGUUCGACAUGAUCUUUGAGAGACUUGCUGAGAAGAGUGAGUAUUUUCAUCAGAAAGCCAAUGGUUUAGGAUGUAUGGGAUUCCAUGGAAAGCAUAAGUGCGUUGUGGCCAUGCGGAUGCUUGCGUAUGGAAGUAUAGCCGACGCACUUGAUGAUGGUUAUGCCAUGGCCGAGAGCACCGUUUUGGAGUGCGUCAAGGAGUUUGCAAGCACUGUCAUUUCCGUGUUUGAGGAAGACUAUCUGCGACCACCUAAUCAGGCCAAGUAUGACAUGGCAUACUACCUAGCUGACAAGAUAUAUCCUGAGUGGGCGACGCUGCAAGCUAGUAGAUUGUGGAGACCGCAUGACAUGAACACAAUUAUGCGGGCUUGUAUCAUUCUUCACAAUAUGAUCAUCAAGUCCGAGCGGGACAUGGUCCUGGAUGAGAACGAGUUUCGUGAGCCCACUGAUCAGCCAAUUCCAAGAGAGAGGAACAUUGCCGAGAUCAAUGCUUUGAUGGCUGCAUACCACAAGAUCCAGGACAAGCCUACAUCCCAGCGCCUCCAGCAGGAUCUCAUCGAACAUCAUUAG